CAGUUUCCAGGGUCUGAGUCAACACUAUAACCAGGAAACACGUUGUUCCAAUCAACACUCCUGACCGCAAAACUACCCGGAUGUCUGAACGCUGAAGGCCGCAUGUGUGCUAACGUGGCUAAAGUCAGCUGUUGAGCUAACGACACAUUUUAUCCUUAGCAUAAGUCUUCUGGGCAGCCGAUUAAAAUGUUUGGUUCCUCCAGAUCUGGAGGGGUCAGAGGAGGCCAGGACCAGUUCAACUGGGAUGACGUGAAGGGCGAUAAACACAGAGAAAAUUAUCUCGGCAACUCUUUGAUGGCACCAGUAGGACGAUGGCAGAAAGGCAAAGAUCUGUCAUGGUACGCAAAAGACAAAAAAGACGGUGCACCUUUGUCCAAAGAGGAAGAAAUAGCUGCCGUCAAGGCUGCAGAGCAUGAGGCACUGAUGGCUGCCCUAGGGCACAAGAAUAUAAAGAGGCAACCAACUGGCCUGACCAAAGAGGACCUUGCAGAUGUCUGCCGGAGGGAAGAUGCUGAUGGUGAAGAGAGAGAUGUGGACCGUGUCUCCGGCUUGGGAAGCUCCAGUGUAGGGUCAAAGAAAAUGGUGCUGUCCCAAAAGGAAAAGGAGGCAGCUAAAAUAGGCCUGUCUGUUUUUACGCACUGCAAAACAGAAAGUCGUCCAGAAUCCUCAGCGACAAAGACGCCUCAGAGUGUUGAAAAGGGAGAUGUCGAACAGCGGCACGACAGCAAGAAGAAAAAGAAAGAGAAGAAGAGCAAGAAGGACAAAAAGAAGAAGAAGAAGAGGCAAAGAAAAGACUCGUCCUCCUCGGAGUCAGAUGACGACAGGAAGAGGCACAGAAAGGACCACCAUCAUCAUAAUCCAUCAUACCACAGUCCAGAGUGGAGCCAGCCCCAUGACAGCCAUUCAAGGGGGGGGGCAAAGGCCGAGGAGGAGCCCUCCUACCCCCAUCAUCGACAACAGCGGCAUGACACAGACUCCUCUUAUGGGGGGUCUCCUGUCCCCCGUAACCCUGUCAGCCACAAGACAGCCCCUGCUGGUCACACACAAAGCCACAGGCGGCGCCACGACACAGACUCGGACGACUAAUGUCCUCCCCC